AUGCGCAAAGCUGUGUCGCCUAUCGACCUGUCUCUCGGGCGUUUGAUACAUCUGAUAAAAUACAUUAAAUAUGCUUAUCGCAAUCUCUCUCUUCCUUCCGACGUCUGCUUCUUGAAAAUAAAAGUGUCCGAGAUUGCUGACAGUACCAGAUCCACGGUACCUCUCUGUGGGCAACUCAAAAAUAUUCUUCCGCGGCGUGCUCUGUUUAGCAGCAUCAACACCAUCCGCUUCAUAAAUUGCCAGCCCACCUGGUCCUUCACCUCGGCGUCCCCAAGCCUUCCCAUCUAG